UUUUUUUUUUUCAAUCAUUGGUCGUUACUGUCUCAGAAAAAUUUAACGCCAUGUGCCAUGUCAUUGUAACAUGCCGCUCCAUGCUCUGGACACUGCUCAGUAUCGUAGUGGCCUUUGCUGAGCUCAUUGCCUUCAUGAGCCCCGAUUGGUUGCUGGGAUACCCCCGGUCAGCCUCCAGUGUGACUGGGGCGAGUGUGGACUCCGGGGAGUACCGGCCGUCUCUCGGCCUCUACAGCCGCUGCCUUCGCGUCGGGUCCCGGGGACAAGGGAUCAGCUGCGGGCCCUACGCAGGGACAUUUGGAGAAGUGGCCAGUGGCUUUUGGAAGGCUGCCAUGUUGUUUCUGGCAGCAGGGACAUUGGUGCUAGGGUGUGUGGCCUGUAUCUCCAUCUUUAGCCUUUGUUUUCAGAGCAUCCUGAAGAAGAGCAUAUUCAACAUCUGCGGACUGCUCCAGGCUAUCGCAGGCCUGUUGCUGAUGGUGGGCCUCAUGCUGUACCCUGCCGGUUGGGGUUCAGAGAAGGUGAUCAGCUACUGUGGCACCGAGGCCUCGCCCUUUAGGCCGUCUAUGUGUUCACUGGGCUGGGCGUUCUACGCUGCGAUCGGUGGGACGCUGGCAACCUUCCUGUGUGCUGUUCUGUCCGCGCAGGCUGAGAUCGCCACCUCUAGUGAUAAGGUUCAGGAGGAGAUUGAGGAGGGGAAGAGUCUGAUAUGCCUGCUCUGAAUCUUGGGAAAUCAUCCUUGGUGUCAUCCCUCUCAUACGGAUACCUGGAAGGAGGACAGACAUUUCUCUCAGUGAUUUUCUUCAUGAUAUCCUGAAUAAAAUCAGCUGAUUUUUGAAAAGAUAGAUUUUAAAACUUUAGGCAUGGUGUUUUCCUCUGAUACUUGCUGAAGCCUACCUUAGUGUAUAGAACAUUACCCAUACACUUAUUCAGUGUUUUUUUUUUUUUUUUACCAAGAUACUGUUUAUUUUUGUAAUAAUUCUUGCUUUAAACAAACCGCUGUACUGGAGUAGCAGGAGAUUAGUGUCAUUGUGGACAGGUUAAACCCUGCCAGUAAAACAGUGUGUAUGUUUGUAACAUCAUUAUAAUGUUCAUUCACAUGCUUCACCUGCAAACCACAACAAUCCACUGAAUACUAGCAGAUGUGCCCUCUAAAACACGUAACUGUGUGUGUGUGUGUGUGUGGGAGUGUGUGUGUGAAAGACAUUAACUAUUAGGAUUAGAUUAGAUGUCCAUAUGCUCUGAUUCUGUGGCCCAGUAGGACAGUGAAGACUCCCUUGUUAACUUUAGACGUGCCACUUAAGGGAUUGUUCACUUCAAAGGGAGUUCCUCCUGUUAAAUGGAUUGUUUGUGGGUCUAUUGCAGCUUAAUAACUGGCAGAGCGUGUGCAGAAAAAGAACAGAGACUUGCCAUGUGUUUCACUGUGCUGAGCUUUCAUGAGGGGAUCACAGCGAGAUAAAGUGGACUGCUCCAUAGCGUAUCAUUAUGACGAGAAGAGAGCCAUACAGACAAGAUCUGGCUUUGUAAAGCAGCCCAACACGCAAAGUAGUAGUUGGGAAUUCAAAAAGCUUUUGUUGAAUAUUGGGUAGACAAAGGCAAAAACUCCCAAGUUGCCACGUCAGUGUGUUGUAGACAUUCUUCAAAGCUGAUUAAGUCAGACCGUCUUAGUUUGGUAGUUUCCCUUUCCUAAAUAGCACCCGUUAGUGUCUUUUGCACUUAAUUCACUUCACAUUGCUACAUAAGUCGCUGUAAAUCUAAAAGGAUUCAUGUGAUGCUGUGCUUUUAUUCAUUGUAGAUAAGAUGUGCAAUAAUUCAACUAUAGUGUGUCUGAUGUGAGAGUGAGUGGACCGAGAGGAUGAGGCUGAAGAGUGAAAUCAUGAGAUGGAUUUGUAUCAAAAAGCAUUCCUAGUCUGUCUGUGCUUAAAUUAAUAUGUAGACUGUCCGCUGUUUUUGUUACAUUAACAAAAGAGUAACAGCAUCUGCGGCUCGUUGUGUGAUGCUGCAUGUAUGAAAGGUUGAUAUGUGUGAAUAGAGGUCUGUUCUUUCUGCUCAAAUA